AUGGUUGACUACAACUCAAGGUGGUUGAGAUUAGAAAACUGCGGGAUGAAACAAGUAAGAGUGCUAUCGAGCCUUUGAAGAGAUAUUUGCAAUCCACAGUAUUCCCGACCAGGUACAGCAAUGUCGCAGAUAAUCGUCCACAGUACGAUGCUGAAUGCUUUCGUGAGUUUGCUGCUACAUGCAUCUACAUAUAGGUUUACAUAUGUGACCAGCUAGAGCGGGCUAUCAGAACAGCGAAAGCAAUUCUAUGGAAAAAUGAAGAUUUCCAUAAUGCUCUUUUGAUAUACCGAUCAACUCCACUUCAAAAUGGCUUGUCCCCAAGUGAAUUUUUGAUGGGACGCCGUUUGCGACCACAGCUGCCAGUCCAUCCAAUGAACCUUCAGCCCAAUGUAACAACUGAGGACAGUGAGCAGGUGAAGAGAAAAGAAGCCUCUAGUCGUCUGAAGCAACAAAACAACUUCAACAAAGCAAAAUAUCUUGCACAACUAAAACCAGGUGAUGCAGCUUGGGUAACAGACCAAGCAUGUGAUUGACUAGUCAUCUGACAGACACAAUACCCAAGAUCGUAUCUAGUAAAAACUGAGAAAGGUGGUAUGUUAAGACGAAACCGUAGUGCAUUAGUAACUAUUGGUCCACGAAAUAACCCAGAAACUGGACAUGCGGACACCGACGAUAGCGAGACCACACAGCAUGCAGAAGUAGAAGAUGGGGAAACUUUGUCGAUUUCAAAUCCAGAAAAUCCUCCUCCCUCGCCAACAACAACUGCCAGUUCAGAAGAUUCGCUUGUCCCAUCACAAGUUACACGUCGGGUAGAAACGUAA